UGGCAACUUUUGUGUUUGCAACUCUUCCGAAGUCACCAACUUUUGUUUUUUAUCGUUGUCCACAUCUAAACAUAAAGUUGUCAACAAUAAUUUAGGAAACAUGUUAGUUGGCAACUGGAAGUCUCCAUCAAGACUAUUGUGUUGACAAAAUGGGGUCGAUUGAUGACGAUAUUAUCUUAGCAGCUGCAUCAUUUAUUAUUUUGAGUAAAAAAAAGAAACGAAAACAUAAAUAUUGGGUACGACCAAGCCUCAUAGGAAGAAACACACAUGGAGGAAUUGAGUUAAUAAAUGCUUUGAGAAAAGAUGAUUUGUUAGCAGGACGUAUUGAAGACGGACAAAUAAGAAACUUUCUCCGUAUGACUGAUUCCGAUUUUGAGUGGUUGCUCAAUCUUGUUGGACCAAAAAUUACAAAAAAUGACACUAAUUUUAGAAAAACCAUCACACCUACCGAACGCCUACUAAUUAUUACUUUAAGAUUUUUGGCUACCGGAGAUUCCUACACUUCAUUAAUGCAUUUAUUUAGGAUUUCAAAGCAAGCGAUUUCAAAAAUUGUACCAGAAGUAUGUAUAGCAAUAUGUGAAGUUCUUGGCGAUCAAAUAAAAAUGCCUGGAACUGCUGAAGAGUGGAAAGUAGUGGCAACACAGUUUAAUAAUCUAUGGAAUUUUCCACAAUGUACAGGAGUUAUGGACGGAAAACAUAUUAUGAUUCAAUCACCAGAACACAGUGGAAGCGAUUACUUUAAUUACAAAUCGUUUUUUAGCAUUGUGCUUUUUAUUGUUGCUAAUGCAAAUUACGAAGUGCUGUAUAUGAAUGUUGGCUGCCAGGGACGCAUAUCGGAUGGUGGUGUUUACGAAAAUACCCAGUUCAAAAGAAUGUUGUCCGAAUGUAAACUUAAUCUACCUAAUAAUGAAAAGCUUCCUGGUAGAGCCAUGGCUGUUCCUUAUGUUUUUCUGGGUGACGAUGCUUUUCCAUUGUCACCGAUGAAACCUUAUCCAGGUACCCAAGAAAAAGGAUCACAGGGAAGAAUAUUUAAUUAUAGACUAUCAAGAGCGCGAAGGGUAUCAGAGAAUGUGUUCGGAAUAUUAUCUGCACGAUUUCGAGUUUUCAGAAAAAUAAUGUUACUUGAACCAACGAAAGCGGAGACAAUUGUGACUGCUUGUAUUUGUUUACAUAAUUAUUUAAGAAAAAAAAAAUCAAGGACCACCUACACUCCACCUGGAACUUUCGAUUCUGAAGACAAAGACAGUGGUAAUAUUAUUUCUGGAGCUUGGAGGAACGAGAUGCAAAACAAUAUGCCAUUCCAUAGUUUCGAUACGAGAGCUCGGAAAUCAAGUAGUGCUGCGAAAGAUGUGAGACAAGAAUUUGCAGAGUUUUUUAUGACCGAACAAGGGAACAUUCCUUGGCAAAAUGACUAUUAA